AUGGAGUUCCCUCCUAUGAGCCCAGGGGCAUUUUGGUCAUUUCUCCUUCUCACUUCCAUUCACCUUCAAUGCUUCUUCGGAUCUCCCGCUCACUUCUCCAACGAAACUGAUCGCGUUGCUCUGCUCCACUUGAAACACCUGAUAACCGACGAUCCUCUCCGUUCCUUGAGCUCUUGGAAUCAUACUCUCCACUUCUGUAACUGGCAAGGAGUUACAUGCGGUGGUCACCGCCAUCCUCAAAGGGUCACCGCCUUGAACCUCACGGGCCAUAACUUGGUGGGGCCCAUACCUCCCUUCAUAGGGAAUCUCACCUUCCUCAGGAUAAUCGAUCUCUCAGCCAACAACUUCCACGACACAGUUCCUGAAGAGAUUGGCCGUUUGUUCCGCUUGCGGUAUCUCUAUCUGACAAAUAAUACAUUCAGCGGAGAGAUUCCAGCAAAUCUGACCCACUGUUCGGACCUCCAAGUCCUUCAUCUUUACGGAAAUCAGCUGGCUGGGAGGAUUCCGACUGAGCUUGGCUCUCUGACCAAGCUCACCAGUUUGGCCCUCGGUCACAACAAUCUUACAGGAAGCAUCCCACCUUCACUUGGAAACCUUUCGUCUCUCACUUACCUUUAUCUCUCAAUAACAGUCUGGAGGGCAGAAUCCCGGGUGAGCUCAGCCGGCUGGAUUCCUCCCUCGCUGUACAAUCUGUCCUCCAUUAAGAUUUUGGACGUGGGAAGCAACAGAUUGCAUGGAAAUCUUCCACCUAAUUUAGGCCUCACUCUUCCUAAUCUCCGAAUGCUUCUCGUAGGAUCAAACCAAUUCACAGGACCAAUACCAGUUUCAUUAUCCAAUGCUUCGGGAAUUGUAGUUAUUGAACUCUGUAACAAUAGUUUUAGUGGAUCUGUGCCUCUGAAUUUUGGAAGCCUCAAGGGUCUCACCCAUUUACGUUUGUGGGGCAAUGAACUUGGAAUUGGGAAAGCAAGUGACUUGAGUUUUCUUAUUUCUUUAAACAAUUGCAGUAGUUUACGAGUGCUGCAGCUAAGCAUAAAUAAUCUCAGUGGUGCGUUGCCUGAGUCCAUGGCUAAUCUUUCGACCCAACUGAGAUGGUUAACUUUGGGAAAUAACAGCAUAUUCGGUAGCAUCCCAUCUGGUAUUCAGAAUCUUAUCGGCUUAACAGUACUGGCAAUGAGGAAUAACUUUCUGACAGGUACAAUUCCCAUUGGUGUUGGGAAGCUUAACAAGGUGGAGGUACUUUACUUGGAUGGAAAUGAAUUAUCUGGGCACAUUCCGUCUUCUUUGGGAAACAUCUCCCGAUUGUUCCGACUUUCUUUAGAUGGAAACAAGCUAACUGGGAGGGUGCCUUCAAGUCUUGGAAACUGUACAUACAUGCAGUUCAUAUACCUCGGUAAUAAUAAUCUUAGUGGUAGCUUACCCAAACAACUUUUCAGCUUUCCCUCUUUAAUUGAACUCCAGCUCACAAACAACUCUUUUACCGGUAAUCUGCCAUGGGAAGUCGGUUACUUGAAAACUCUCUCAUUAUUGUUUGUUUCAAAUAACAAUUUAUCAGGCGAAAUUCCAAUCUCGCUAGGCAAUUGUUUAAGCCUUGAGUAUCUCUGGUUGGAUGGGAACUUCUUUCAAGGUCCAAUUCCAUCAACAUUUACUACUCUAAGAGGCCUUCAAUCCCUGGAUCUUUCACGCAACAACUUGUCUGGAAAGAUUCUACGGUACCUGGAGAACCUUUUUGCCUUGCAGUAUCUAAAUCUAUCUUUCAAUAAUUUCGAGGGUGAAUUACCAAAACAAGGGGUCUUUAGAAAUGCCAGUGAAGUUUCAGUACUCAGAAAUAGUAAACUUUGUGGUGGUAUUCCACAAUUGCAAUUGCCUCCAUGCUCUGGCCAAUCUUCCAAGAAACAGGGGAUGUCUCGUGCUUCAAAAGUAAAAUUCUCCAUAAUUGGUGUUGUCCUGUGUCUUCUUUCAUUAUCUUGUUUCAUUACCAUUCUUUAUCGGGUCAGAAAGUCGAGAAAGAAACCUUCUGCUUUGCCUUCUGCCGAGGAUCCUUUUGUCAAUGUGUCUUAUGCGGAACUCUUUAAAGCAACAGAUGGGUUCUCUUCUGCUAAUUUGGUCGGCACCGGAAGUUUUGGUGCUGUAUAUAAAGGGUUUCUAGAUUGUGUUGGAUCUAUGGUGGCAAUGAAGGUCUUCAACCUUCAACGACAGGGAGCUCUGAGGAGCUUUAUGGCCAAAUGCGAAGCUUUGAGAAACAUUAGUCUAGAGAAGUGGUUGCAUGGAGAUGGUCAUGAUCAGCUGAAAAGGAACUUGAAGUUUACUCAAAGGCUAAACAUAGCUAUAGAUGUGGCUUCUGCAUUAGAUUAUCUGCAUAAUCAUUGUCAAACGUCACUCGUACAUCGAGAUUUAAAACCGAGCAAUAUUCUUCUUGAUGAUGACAUGACUGCUCGUGUGGGUUAUUUCGGGCUAGCCAGGUUCUUAUCUGAAGUCGUGCACACUGGUUCGAUUGGAAUGAAGGGAUCUAUUGGGUACAUCCCUCCAGAAUCUCCAAGAGAACGAAUGUGGAUGAGAGAUGUUGUUGCAGAAAUGCAUGCAAUCAAGGACUUGUAUCUUGGGACCGGGUUUGAGUUCAAAUGGAUGAAUUUGCAGUUGGCUGCUUCUGCAGUUGAGUUGAAGAUUAGGAGUGGGAAUCUCUUCCCAUUCUCUGUUAACAUGACCAAACCAGCCAUUCACACCAUCUUAAUGCCCCCGCUCGGGUUACAAGCUUUCACUAAGAAGCUCGGCAGAGAUUUUUCAUUGUUCCCAGCAGGGAAGACGGUUGCAGUUGUUGAAGGUAGCGGGUCAGGGAAUUGA